GUGCCUGCGUGCCUGCUUGCCUGCCGGUGCCGGGCCUGACCGCAGAGGCACAGACUCACCGCAGCCUGUGUUCCAUUUCCUCCUCGACCUCGAGACACAACAACACACAACAGAGCCAAGCCAGAAACAAGGGGGAAACAAGACAGAGCUCACACACACGCUUCUCUUCUCUUCUCUUCUCUCCUGUCUGCUCAGUUUGGUGGGUUCUGCUCACCAGUUUCCCCUCACAGUACAAAACCCCAUUCCUUCCGUCCAUCAUCCUCCAUACAUAGGCACACACAGCCGGCGCGCAAUAGACAGCAGCUUCUGCAAGAAACCAUACCAUGAGAAACAUCAUGGAGAGAAGCCCCCACGAGUCCUCCUUCUCCUUCUCCCGGAGGCACUUCAAGUGGCCGGUUCUCGGCAAGAGCAGCAGCCAUGGCGCCACUAGCACCGCCGCCGCGGAGGAAGGUUUCGUCAAGAUCAGCUCGGAUAAGCAUGCCGAGGACGACGAGGAGGCGUCCUUGGCUUUCUCCUCCGCCUGCCGGUCCUUCCACUCGGAGGACUUCGUGUCUCCCCCGCCCAAGCCGCUCAAGCAGCACCGCAAGAAUACUAGGCCGGGCCGCACGGCCGUGUCGCGCCUGCGCACGGCGCUGGCAGCGGCAAUCUCCGGCCGGCACCGGCAGGUCGGCCUCGGCUCGCGGCUUACCGGCACGCUGUACGGGCACCGUCGCGGCCACGUCCACCUCGCGUUCCAGGUCGACCCGCGCGCGUGCCCGGCGCUGCUGCUGGAGCUGACCGCGCCCACGGCGUCGCUAGUUCGCGAGAUGGCCUCGGGCCUCGUGCGCAUCGCACUCGAGUGCGAGCGCUCCAAGGGCGCCUCCGCAUUCCCCGGCACCACUGCUGGCGCGGGCGCCGGCGCGGGCAGGAAGCUGCUGGAGGAGACGGUGUGGCGCGCCUACUGCAACGGCAAGGGAUGCGGGUACGCGGUGCGGCGCGAGUGCGGGGCCGCAGACUGGCGGGUGCUGCGCGCGCUGGAGCCCGUGUCCAUGGGGGCCGGGGUCAUACCGGCGUCAUGCGGUGGCGGCGAGGGCGACGUCAUGUACAUGCGCGCGCGGUUCGAGCGCGUGGUGGGCUCGCGCGACUCGGAAGCAUUCUACAUGAUCAACCCGGACAGCGGCAGCAAUGCCAACAGCGUCGGCCCCGAGCUUAGCGUCUACCUUCUUAGAGUUUGAUCCCGCGUUUGCAGUUUGCUGGGAGUGUCGUGCGUGCUUUGAACUGUUUUUCUUGUUCCUUGUGUUUUAUGUAGCCCCUUUUAUGGCAUCCUUAAUAAUGCAGGUGGUGUUUAUUAGAGCUACUA